CAGUCUGUGCCUGCCACGGCGUGACAUGGCUGCGAAAACCCUGCCUCCGACGAGACCUAUUUUCACCUCGCGGAUUCAUAAAACCUUACCCCCCACAACGUGCAAAUUUUCCCGCAAUUUAGACCUACAUAUUUCCAUUUAAGCGCCCCCUUAAAAAAUUAUGGGGACAGAAAACUCGUCACAUUUUUGACAAUCUCCUCAUCGCGAGACUAAUCAUUCCACUUGAGUGACGAGGGAACCAUUGAGGAGUCAAGUGAAGGAGUCAUCCCGUAAUCAGAGCCAAUCUAGUCAAGCCAGAUUUCCCAUCAUGGACCCCCACCACCCCGACGAUGAUGACGACCCACCCCGCCCCUCGUCCGGCUCAUCGCAACAUCAACCCCCCGAAGGUGGUGCCCCUGUCCGAAAAAAGUCGCCGCGCCGACCCCGCACGCGCUCCCCCGUGCCCGCCUGGUCAUCCGCCAAUCGGCGCAAGAAAACGUUGAGCGGCGGCGACGGGUCAGAGUCGAGUCGCGAACCGUCCCCACUUCCGGUCCCGUCGUCAUCGUCGUCUUUUCUGGGGAGGAGGAGCGCAAGUCCGCCGCGCCGCGAGAGCGGGGGCGCGAGCGCGUCUGGUCCAAGCGGUCCGAGCGGCGGUGGAAUCGGAGGAGACGUUGGUAUCAUGAGCCAGCCAAAUUCGCCCAGUUUGGGAGGACGCUUGUUGGGCCGCAUGGCGAGUAAAUUUGUCUCCAAGUCGGACGCGCAUCUUUUUCAGUCCAUCAAGGUUGGUUUUUUGUCGCGGUUAUCGCGGAAACGGUUUGCGGAACGAGGGGGGAAGACGGAGGAGGAGGGAGCGUCGUCGUCGUCGCCCAUUCACACGCCGUCCUUCACGCGAACGCCCACCCCGACGCCGCCGCCGUCGCGCGCGGACGCUCACCGGCCGAGAACGUUCUCCUCCUGCUGUCGAACCGAGGUUUCAUUUGACACGGAUUUAGAGGGGGAUUAUGCCCCCGAGGGGGACGGAGGAGGAGGAGGAGGUGGACGCAGCUACUCCAAAAACUCUGCCACUCCACCCACAACCAGUAUCGCCAAUGCCAAUUCGUCCGGGAGGAGUGGAGAUGGGGGAAGUUAUGGGACUCUGUCUCUGGGCGAAAGUGGGAGCCUUCCUCUGGACUCGUUGAACGUGAGCAGUUCUUCUACUUCCUCCUCCUUCUCAUCCCUCGCGGGGGGAGAUGCUGUCCCCUUCAUGAAUUUUCCUUCUCCUUCUCAGGCCCCCGCCACCGCCACCUCGACCACCGCCACCACCACCACCACCACUCCCUCCUCUAAGGCCACACCCUCCAGUGCCGCCACCACCGCCGCCAACGCCACGACCACCACGACCGAGACCAUGGCCCCUAGUCAGCACCACUUCCACACCCUCAUGGUCCACCUGCACCACGGUCGCAGCCUCGUCGCCAGAGAUGCCUGCGGGAGCAGUGAUCCGUACGUGAAAGUGAAAGUUGGGGAUAAGCUGUUGUACAAGAGUAAAACGAUAAAUCGUGACCUCAACCCGACCUGGGAUGAAAUCUUCAUCCUCCCCAUCGUCGAUAUCAACCAGCACGUCAUUUUCAAGGUCUUCGACUACGACUGGGGCUUAUCGGACGACUUUAUGGGGAUGACCUCCAUCGACCCGGGCCGCCUCCCGCUCAACAAGCAGGCCGAAUAUUCCCUCAUCCUCACAGAAACGAACACCCCCGGGACGGAGUACAUGGGAGAAAUCGUCAUGAGUCUCACCCUCGUUCCUAGAACCCUAGAAGAAAAAGAGAUUUGGAUGAGCGGCGACGGGCGAUUUAUCGAUACGCAGAAACGUGCCAAAUCUCAAGUCUGGUCUUCUGUGUUAACCGUCCUUAUCAUCGAGGCGAAAAACUUGUCCCCCGGUCCGGACAAUUAUGUGAUGGAUUCCUACGUCAAAUUCCGGCUGGGCACGCAGAAAUACAAAACGCGUACCGUUUCCCGUACCACGAAUCCCAAGUGGUUGGAACAGUUUGACUUUUACUUGUACGAAGGCCAGCCUCAAAUCCUGGACUUGCAGCUGUUUGACGAGGCCUUCAGCAAGGACUACAUCGGCCGCGUGGCCAUCGACAUCGGCCUCCUCGAGAAGGAGAGGACGCACCAGAAGGAGCUCAAGUUGCAGGAGGGGAACGGUCAAGUCUUCCUCCUCCUCACCGUCUCGGGAACGCAUGGGGUCGACUCCAUCUCAGAUCUCAUCAACCACACGCCCUCCCCUGAGCAGGAUGUCAAGUUGAGGGCCAAAUAUUCGUUGACCAACUCGCUCAACUCGUUCAGUGACGUGGGGACCUUGACCGUUAAAGUUUUUGAAGCCCAAGGCCUCGCUGCGUUGGACAUUGGGGGCAAAUCAGACCCAUUCGUAGUCCUUGAGCUGGUCAAUGCUCGCCUACAGACCCAAACUGAGUACCGAACCUUGAACCCGAUCUGGAACAAGAUUUUCACCUUCGCAGUGAAGGAUUUCACCUCAAUUUUGGACCUCACCGUGUUCGACGAGGACAAAAACCACAAGCAGGAAUUCCUCGGCCGACUUUCCCUCCCACUCUGGGAAAUCAAGAAUGGCGAGAAAAAAUGGCAUUUGCUCAAAGAUCGCAAACUUCUCAGACUAGCGGCUGGAAACUGCCCAAAGAUUUUGCUCGAACUCAGCGUCCACUGGAAUCCGCUACGAGCCGCGGUUCGUGUCCUGGAUCCACCCGAGGCCAAAUUACUCGUUGCUAAUCAAGGUUUCCGCAGGGAAACUUUCCUCCUCAAUAUUGAUCGUCUUAAAAGAAUUGGGAUCGGGAUUUAUGACAUUAUCCAGUAUUUAGAGAGCUGUUUGGACUGGGAGUCGCCCGUGCGGAGCGUCAUAGCCCUCGUGACGUACCAAGUGAUCUGUUACACCUUCCAACCCUGCAUGCUCCCCUUGUUCGUCCUCCUCUUCAUGUUUCGACAGUGGUUUCUCGGCUCCGUCCUCGGACGCCCCCUGCAUGACGAAGAUCUCGUCUCCGUCGACGAAAACAUCCUCGACGACGAUGACGACGACAAAGAUGAGGACGACCAAGUCAAAAAGUUAAGCUUACGACAAAAACUGCAAGCCGUGCAGGAAGCGACGCAAACCUUGCAGAAUGUCUUGGGCGAUAUUGCAUCCACGUUUGAAUCCGCGAAAAACACUUUUCGCAUGAAAAUCCCCUUCAUCACGUGGCUCGUCGUGGUGGCGCUUAUCCUGGGCACGGUGAUCCUGUACUUCGUCCCGGUCCGGUAUUUAGCCAUGGCGUACGGAUUCCACAAAUUCUUUAAGCCAAUCCUCCGGCCAAACGCGGUCCCAACGAAUGAGCUGUACAACAUUGUCCUUCGUGUCCCAGACAAUUUGCAGUUGAUUUACUAUCGUCCCCUCAACCCCGCGUCGACUUCGCCGAGCCGCUCAGCCAAACCGAGCUCGGCGGGAGAGCGGAGUAAAAGUCCUCCCGGCGCGACGGGGUCAGGGUCCAAGUCGACGUCGAAAAGCGUGAUCCGCGGCGACAGUGGCGACGCCGGUGGAGGAAGUUCUUCCGGCUCCAUUGGCAAAGAACCCAAGAAAAAGUUCAAGUUUUGGUAAUGGAUUUUCGAAAUUAUUCAAAUUUUUAUUCAGAAAAUUUGAUAAGCUUUCGAAAAAUGAAAUUAUUAAACUUGAAUGAAAUCAAUCAACCAAAGUGAUGAAGAAAUUAUUAAAAUUUAAUCCAAUUUCAAUCAAUAAUUUAAAUGUUUGAUAAAUUUUCGAAAAAAGUGUGGAUAAGAAAUUAUUAAAAUUUAAAUAAUCUAGUCAAUAUUUAAAACAAUUAUAUGAUAAAAUUUUGAAAAAUUACUAAGAUAUUCCGAAAUUUCAAUCAUUAAUUAAUUACCUGUGUCAAUCUCUAAAUGUCUCAUAUUCCUGGAAAUCUCUCGUAAUUAAUUAAUUAAUUAAUUAAGUAUUUAAUGUAUUUAACAAACAUUGAUUCAAUUAUCCGAGCCGAAUAAUUAAUCAAGUAUUACAAUUAAUUAAAAUUGGUGGAAAUUAUCUUCAGGAAAUGCUUAUCGAAUAAGACUUAUUAUUUAAUUAUGUGUGUAAAUUAUAGUCAGGUAAUUCUACCACUCCAAAAAUUUCAUCUUUAAAAUUAAUUGGGUAACUUAAUUUUUAUAAAUAAAUUAAUUAGGCAUUAAACUAUAGGAAUUAUUACAAUUAAUUAUUAUAAAUGUAAAUAAGUCAAGAGUAUUUAUUACCAGUCGUGAUUUUAUCAAAAAACAAAGUCUGAAUUAAAAUGUGUUAUCUUUUAGAAAGAUUAAUUAAUUAAUUAAUUAAUUAAAUCUAAUUAAAACUGAGCAGAUUGCAUGCUAGUAGUUCGUUCGUACUAUUACCUUUUAAGAAGCAUUAGCAAAUGUACAUAAAAUUGCUAUGCAUGCGCAUUUACAUAUUUACAUGUUGUUCGUCUCCUUAUCAAAAUGAUAACUAGAGUUACCACGUAUUCUUAUCCAAUUUUAUGUGGUUAUCAAUUAAUUAAAUGAGUUACCCUUGAAAUCAAGCAUAUCAUUUUACACCGAGAAAAAUGAAUGUAUAAAAAAUAUCAAAUUUUUCAGCCAUGCUUAAACAUUUCCUCAAUUUUUUUUGCGAAUUGUUCAAAUUUUACACAUAUUUUUCCUGAAUAAUUAUUCAAAUUUAAUCCAUAUUUUUCCAAUUUUUAAAAAUUAUUUAUUAAUUAUGUAUUUAAAAAACUUUACUCUUUUGCAUAUCCUGAAAUUAUACAUACCAAGAUAAAGCUAAAUUCGUGGUAAAAUAGGAUAAGUGUGUAGUUUCACUCAUUGUCCUUUCAAUCUCAGAUAAGCUUAAGAUGCUAACCGUGUGUCUCACUAAUUAUUAUUCCAAGUAUUAUGCACAAAUUCUGUUAGUUAAUCAGUUUUUCAUUUCGACAUUUCGACUUUCCAUCUCAAUCCGGUUAAAAAUUUGUGAUACUUAAAAGCCAUUUGCGUUUCUUGUUUCAUAUUAUUAUUCCUAUUUUAUUUUCUUUCUGCAAAGUAAAAUAGGAAAAAGUGCAACUUUUAAAAAAUUUGUGUACCUGCUUUCUCUCGCUGUACUUACAUAAUUAUAAAAAUUAAGAUAAUUUAUAUUGAGAAUUGUAACAAUUAGAUCUUACUGAACAUGGAAAUGAUAAUUAAAUGUAUGUAAAAAGUGUUAUCGUAAAUUAAUUCAAAGUGAAGUCUUAUCUCGUGUACAAAAAAAAUUAUGUACAACAAAACUACAGACAGAGAACUUUUUGAGAUUUUUGCCACGUUCCAAAAAGAAAUUACCAAGAAAAUUAUGCUUAUCGUACCAUAACCGCGACAAUUAUGCAAUGACGACAAUUAUGUAAUGGUGACAAUUUGUUAAAGUGUGUAUAUGUAAAUGGACCCUGCGUACAGAGUGUGAUCGCUUUUCUUAAAAUUUUGACCUCUGAUAAGAUACCACCAAAAAAACAAUCACAUCCUUGACGGAGGGUCCCUUUAAAUAUGUAAAUCUGGAAACUUAUGUUAACUUAACUUAUUUAUACUAAAUAUAUUUCUAGAGAAAGCAAAGCUGAAUGAAUUUAAUUGACAAUUUAGAUAUGCAUUAUGUAAAUUCAUGCCGAGCACUGUUGUAUUUUCGUAUCAAAGUCUAAAUGUUGACGUAAUUAGUUAGAUUAUAAAUGUUGUUAAUUAUUCACGAGAAGAGUUCACGUGGUUUUUAAUCUUUGAGCUUUAAUUAAAGUUCGUAAAAAUGAAUGUUUAACAAGUUAUAUAUCGUCUUGUUUUGCAUUUGUGUAACUAUAAAUUUUUUUAUGGAAAUGUUUCUCACUCAUUUUACAGAAAUUUAUAUACAAAUUACAAAUUACAAAAUGAUAUUAACGAAACGACAGAAGUGGAAAGGAAAAGAUUGGAAAUUAUUGUGAUUUUAGUUUUUGUACUACAAAACAAAACUAUAAUUGUUAUUGUUGUGUAUUUAAUAAGUGUUGAGCUGUUAUUGGUUUGUUAUCGGUGUGGAAAAUAAAUACAUAAAAAAUCGUGUG